CUUCCUGGCUUCCCAUUCGUCGCGACGCUCCAAACCCCACACCAACCAGCCUCGCUCGCGGACGAGCCGAACCGCUUCCCCGUCUUCCCCGUCCCCCGAGAUUCCGCGGGACGUCACCAUCAUCCGGCUGUUCGCGCAGGUCGCCGUCUCCCCUCCUCCCCCAGAUGACCGAAAUGAUUACUGCCCUACCACAGCCACCACCGCGCAGUUACCGCUCCUCUUCGCGUUGCUAAUUACUCUCCCUCUCUCGCUAACCCCCCUCUCCGGUACCGGUUGAUCCCCCUCUAAUCGCCGAUCGCUGCCAUGUCCUCGUCCUCCUCCUCGUGCGACGAGAGCGGGAACCCUAGCCCCCCGGCGGCGGGGGUGGCGGGGGCCGCGUCGGCGGCGGCGGGGGCGUGGCCGAGGCGGCACUGCCGCGACGUGUUCUGGCUGGUGGUCUUCCUCCUCCACCUGCUCGUCUUCGGCGCCGCGCUCGUGCUCUUCGGCCUCAACCGCUUCCGCCAGGUUGACCGCUUCAACAUCGGCCGCUUCACCAACUUCACCGCGGAGCCCUGGGGCGUCGCCGCAUCGCCGGAGACCGCUCCGCCGCCGCCCUCGGUGGAGGUGCCUGACGUGGUGUCGGCGCCGGCGUCCGAGCUCACGGAGACGUACUGGAAGUACUACGGGGUCGCGGGGGGCGUGGGGGCGGCGCUCGCGUGGGCGUGGCUGGCGGCAGCGGCCGGGAGGAAGGACGGGGGGAGGGUGGUCAUGCGGACCGCCGUGCACAGCCUCACGGCGUACCUCGCCGUCGUCAGCGUGCUGUGCUUUUGGGGGAAGCACUUCUUCUGGGGCGUCGCGCUUGCUGUCGGCGCCGGCCUGCACUUCCUCUACGUCAUGUCAGUGCUCGAUAGGUUUCCCUUCACAAUGCUAGUACUGCAGAAGGCAGUAAGAAUUGUAUGGGAACUUCCUGAUGUGAUGAGAGUUGCAUAUGCAUUUGUGCUAGUCAUGCUUUGUUGGAUGGCAUUAUGGUCCUUUGGAGUUUCUGGUAUUGUUGCCUUUGGCAUGCCAAAUGGUGGGCAAUGGUGGCUGCUAUUGAUUUUUUCAGUCAGUUUAUUUUGGACUGGAGCUGUCCUUAGCAAUACUGUCCAUGUCAUUGUGUCAGGGAUGGUUUUCCUUGUUCUCAUUCACGGUGGACCAGCUGCUGCAUCGAUGCCCCCAAAACCGCUUCUAAAGUCGCUUCAAUAUGCUGUAACGACUUCAUUUGGAAGCAUUUGCUAUGGAUCACUUUUUACAGCUGCUAUUAGGACUCUACGUUGGGAGAUUCGUGGAAUCCGAUCUAAAAUUGGCAGCAACGAGUGCUUGCUGUGCUGUGUUGAUUUUGUGUUUCAUAUUGUGGAGACACUUGUUCGCUUCUUCAACAAAUAUGCAUAUGUACAGAUUGCUGUCAAUGGACAGAGUUUCAAUCGCUCAGCUAGGGAUGCUUGGGAGCUGUUUCAAUCCACAGGGAUCGAAGCACUUGUUGCUUAUGACUGUUCGGGUGCUAUCCUUCUGAUGAGCACCAUUUUAGGUGGGUUAAUUACUGGAACUUGUACAGGCGUUUGGACAUAUUUCAAACAAAGUGAUAAAGCUGUUAUGGUUGGUUCAACCUCUAUGCUGAUGGGUAUGAUACUGGUUGGACUAACUGUUGUGGUUGUGGAAAGUGCUGUUACAUCAAUAUAUAUAUGCUAUGCCGAGGAUCCCCUUUUGAUUCAGAGAUGGGAUCCUGAAUUUUUCGAGCAAAUGUCUGAGACACUACACGAGCGAUUGCAGUACCGAAGUGCUCGUGCUCGCCAAAUACUGAAUGGUCGGCUUGAUCGUUUGCCAAAUACGUCGAGUAUUUGAAUUGCGGGUUAAAUAUUGCUCGUUUAUGUGAAUCCAUCAAAACUUAGGUAGGCAUUUGCAGAAGAAAAGAAGUUUUGGAUCUUCCUGCCAUUGAAAUUUAGAGAACUGAGGUGCCCCAGCAAUCUUGGAGGCUAUCCGAAACCACAGAAUGUUCCCAUAUCCCAAUGAAGCAGUGACGUGUUCAUGCUCAGGUAUUACGGCAAUGUUAGUUUUAUUUGUAUAGGCUUUUGUGGAAAGAUAGAAAUUGUUAAAUCCAUCUUCGAGAUUAAGCUUUUGUGAUGCAUAGUGGUUGUGGUUGUUCAUUAUUUAAUGGAAACACUUGUGCAUAUUAGUCAGUGCGGCAAUGUGUUCUAUUCUUUAUUUUGUAGUCGUAAGAUUUGUAGGUAUGGAAGAAUUUUUUUCUUUCUUUUUUGAACUUUGAUGGGUCUCAAUGUUGACUGCGACUGUGCUUGGCUGCCUGCACUGCAAACGGCCCUUGUAAGCGUAUAGCCAAGUCUGAAAAACAUGUAGGCAACAGUUCAUGGUUGGCUGGUUGUACAAUACAUCAUUGCUUCUCAUA